AGUGCCAAGUCCUGCCAGCGCCACCAUGGUAAAUUGGCUGCCUGAAACUUCUUUAUACUUCAAUCCACCGUUCUUUUUCAACUAAACCCAAUAUUACAUUACAGGAUGAUCUCCCAUCCCUUGAUAAUGGCUUCAACCAAAGCCUUGCACGCUCCAUAGCCGACGAGGACUUGGAAAAUAUGGUAACAUCUCUUUGUAUACGUGUUGUGGUAGCUUGCUUUACAAGCCUCCAUCAUGCUGUCUGGAUUCACUUAACAAAAAACUUUGUACCAUGAAAUGCAUGGGAUGAGUGUGUUUUAACUUACACAAAAACUCUGGGCUUCCUAUUUUUAACUUUCUGUUUAACAUGCUGACAUGCAUUAUUGGAAAAAAGCAUUGAGAAAAAAUGAGACCGUGUCAUGUGAAUGUUAUCAGUUAUUUCAGAAAUACGAACUAUUGCUUUUGUUUUGUGACAGGAAUGUGCUUGCCAACCUGGCCCCCGGACACAAAUAGCAGAAUUCUCUGCAGAGGAAAAAGGUGUGGCUCAUUUCCUUCUGGAGAUGGCUUCGGGGGCUCGGACUUCUGAACACAAAGCUGUGCAAGUGACGUCGGGUUCCUUUACACAUAAGUUUGUGGACACCAUAAACAGUGGGAACAUCAAUACUUUAUGUGGCCUGCCAUCAGUAGAAGUUUUUGAUGGCCUAGUAAGGUGCUACGAAAAGAUGCAUCCACUCUCGGGACGGCACCAGUUGUCUGGCAAGGAAAGAAUUGCUCUAACUUUGGUCAAGCUGAAGCACAAUAUCUCGACAGCGUUUCUCAGCCAUCUUUUCAGCUGUUCACUAACAACCUGCAGCAGUAUAAUUGCAGAAACAGUGCAGAUCUUGUCUGAGAUAUUGAAAUUAACGGUGGCUGUACCAACAAAAGAAGAUGUUGUUGAGCAUUUGCCAAAGUGUUUCAAACAGUUCAGCAAUGUGCGUGUCAUUGUGGACUGCACAGAAAUACCAAUAGGCCAGCCUAACUGCCUGCGAUGUGCGCUGCAGUGUUAUUCCUUCUACAAGAAGGGUUUCACUGUCAAGUACAUGGUGACUGUUACCCCGAGUGGUCUCAUUGCCCACAUAAGUGAGGGAUAUGGGGGCCGAACAUCUGACAAGGCUAUAUUUGAACAAAGCCGUCUGAUUAAUGAACUUGACCCGGUAUCAGAUGCCGUAAUGGCAGACCGUGGCUUUCUAAUUGAUGACAUCUGUGCUGACCAUUUAAUUGAAUUAAUCAGGCCGCCAUUCAAAAGACAGCAAAAGCAGAUGUCUAAGGGUGACGCCCUUCGAACACAAAAGAUAGCGUCGGCAAGGGUCCACGUUGAGCGUGCGAUACAGCGUAUGAAAAUAUUUAAAGUCUUGUCGACAAGGAUUCCCUAAAGCAUGGUGGGACUACUUGAUGACAUUGUGGUAGUGGCUACUGGUAUCACAAACUUGUCAUCCCCAAUUUUAGCAGCACAUCGUUUUUUGUGAAUACAACAGCUUCUUUUGGGUAUUUCACUUCAGGCAAAUAAUAAUUUCUGGUAUUUUAGGUGCCGAAACAAAGAUAUGAUUUUGAAGCAUGUGUUAGCGGAGGACUUCGGAAUAAUUAGUUCACAUGGGGUUCUGUAAUGUGCACUUAAACCUAUAAGCACAUGGGUGUUAUUUUUCCCCUUUGAAGCCCUUAAGAGGUUAGUGCCAUCGGACUCAGUAUAAGCUGCAUUGCGGGAGCACGUGGCCAAACGUUAGGUAUGAUUGUACAGUUGCACUGAUCGUGGCAUGUCUUUGUGUUAUCAGGCUGUUCCUGUGGAUGCACGUCACCUCCACGAGCUUUCACGCUCGCCCUUGUUUGGCCAUGUGGUGAUACCAGCUUUGAAAACGAUAACUUCGAUGGUGAAAGAAAGGUAGUGGGGGUGAUGCACACUGAU